UGUCGUGUCGUUCGUCUGAUUGAAAUUGUAUAGAAUUAACGCCGACGAGAGUCUGUGAAGAAGUGAUUUGCUUUGUGGUGAUGAACAGCAACUGUUUUGAUUGAACGGCCAAAGCGACCGCGCGCACACAUUUUGUGAAUGAGUAAAGCAAAUGUUGGAUGCGAUCUGUUUAUUUUCGAUGCGUUGCGAUGUGAUGUAUGGCGACAGCCGCAGCAUUAGCAACAGUGAAGCGCGCAACAAAAUUUCUAAAAAAAUAAUUGAAACAAAAAACAAACCAAAAUUUGUAUAAACAAAAUGUUUUUGUGAAUAACAAACUGUGAAGCAACUUGUGAAUUUAUAAUAGAAGUAUUUCGUGCAAAAAAAAAAAAAAAAAAAAAAAAAAAAAAAAAAAAAAAAAAAAAAAAAAAAAAAAGUGAACUACAAGUGAAUGACAAGUCUGCAGAAUUAUUUUGUUGGCGUAAAAAAAAAAUUUUAUAAGAAAUUGGUGAAAAAGUGAUUAUUUAUGCGCAACGCAAACGGCGAAAAUCGAUUUUCAGAACAAAACAUAAUAUAUUGCAGUUGAAUAUUGAUUUCAGUCUUUAUUUGAACAGAAACAAUUUAGAAGUAUAAAAAAAUCAGUGACAAGAGAAAGCCCGAUGAACUAUUUUAAAAAUGUGCUAACUUUGAAAACAAGUGCUUAAAAACUUUAUAAUAAACUGAAUACUGAAAUAUACUACAAAAAUCGAAGGUAAAAUGGAUAUGACAAAAGACAUUAUUGACUACACACAAAAACACACCGAAACGGCCGACCGCUUAAUUGCCGGCUAUCAAUCGCCACUAUCCGAGAUCAGUGAGAACGAAACAAACACACGCGCAUGCGCCGCAGCCUCACCAUUUCAGAUUGGCAGCAAUAUAGUCGAAGCUAAAAUCACAACAACAAUCAACGCCUAUAACGAGGUGCCGGAGCAAACGCCGGUCAACACAGCACACGCCGCGCAGCAACUCGAACAGCACAAAUCAACACAAGCAAACGCUAUGGAGCCGCAGCCGGCAGCUGAAACGGCGAAUAGCAUGUCGGUUGACAAAACCAGUGAAGCAACUGCUAUUGCAGCAGCCAAGACUGUGGGCGCAAUCAUGAGUGGUGAUAUAACGCCACCACCACGCCCCUUCACUAGCAGCGAAGUGGUUGGCUUGAGCUCGGCACUUGAUGAUGAUCCUGACUUGCACGUUGACGUGCAGCUACCCAAGUCACGUUCCCUACCCACAUCGCCCGAUCAUCACAGACGCAGCUUGGACUCAGCUUCAGCGGAGAUAUUGACGCGUAUGAAUGCUGCGCUGUUUGGAUUCGAGCAGCGACGCGGUCUGGAUGGUGCGAUGCAUAUCCCAAUGGGCAUAUCGAAGUUGACGAAGCAGUCAGCACCGUUAGCGGCACGUAAGUCCAUUUCGCCGCUCGGCUUGAAGUCGAAGAAGCAAUUGGCCGCAGCCGCUGCGGUGACAACAAACUCACAGCAACAACAGUUCUGCUUGCGCUGGAACAACUAUCAAACCAAUUUGACAAAUGUCUUCGAUGAACUGCUGCAGAAUGAGUCCUUUGUAGAUGUAACGCUCGCAUGCGAAGGUCAGUCCAUCAAGGCGCACAAGAUGGUGCUAUCCGCUUGCUCGCCGUACUUCCAAGCGCUCUUCUACGAUAAUCCUUGCCAGCAUCCCAUAAUUAUAAUGCGCGAUGUGAGAUGGGAAGAGCUGAAGGCCAUAAUGGAGUUCAUGUACAAGGGUGAGAUCAAUGUCAGUCAAGAGCAGAUAAAUCCUUUGCUGAAAGUCGCCGAAAUGUUGAAAAUACGCGGUUUGGCGGAGGUGAGCGCCGGCAGUGGCCAUGGUAUGGCCGCACCACAUCCUAUGAUGCCCGAACAGCGCAUGACCAUUUUCGAUGAAGAGGAGGAUGUCGAAAGCGACGAUGAUACCGAAAGUGCCGAAGAUGGUUGCCAAAAGCCAAAGCGCGCACGUAUGUUGGAUUCUUCAAUGAGCAAGGUUUUUCCACAUGCUGCCGCACUUGAUCUAAAUUUGGCUGCACAGCGUCAGCGCAAACGUUCGCGAGAUGGUCUAUUCACCGAUGGCAAUAUGUCGCGUUUCGGUGCCAAUGCUUCAAUGCAGCCAACAACCGAGUCAGCGGAACCCAAUAAGCAAACAACCAACGCUACCACUGACGAAAUAAGUGGCGCUGAUGUUAGUGGUGCCCCACAACAACCACCCGUUGCCGUGACUACAUCCACCAUUGUACGCAAUCCUUUCGCUUCGCCAAACCCCAACACUACCAACAACGCCGCUGCAAAUGCCAAUCAAAGCAACUCACAGUCCGCCAUUGCAACAGCUUCAGCACCAACGGCUGCGAGCUCAUCAACACCUACGCUUUGCAGCUCAACACCGACUGCACCAGACACACCCACAUCACUUGCCACCAGUCACUCAUAUCGUCCACCAUCUAUGCCCUCGGCCAGCAGUCUGAAAGGUGCAAUGUCUUCGCCAGCCGCAGCCGCAGCCGCAGCCGCAGCAGCAGGAGCUACUGUAAGCGGCAUGCCCUUGAAUGUACAUUCCAAUCCCGCUGCCGCCGCCGCCGCCGCAGCUGCUUUGGGCGUGAAUCCACAUCAUCCGCAUCACCCGCACCAUCAUCAUCAUCAUGCCGCAGCUGCGGCCCAACAGUUGGCCGCUCAACAUCAGUUGCAUGCAGCGGCGCACUCACACGCGGCUAUGGCUUCAGCCUUAGGCGCUUCUCUGGCUGCUGGUGCUGGCGCAGGCGCCGCUGGCACAGGAGCCGCUGGGGCUGCAAAUAUUUCAUCCGCGGUGGGACAUCAUGAUGAGCUGGAGAUCAAACCAGAAAUCGCUGAAAUGAUUCGCGAGGAAGAAAGGGCUAAAAUGAUCGAAAGUGGACAUCCUUGGAUGGGCGCAGCGUCGACAUCUUCCGUUACCGCAGACAGCUACCAGUAUCAGUUGCAAUCGAUGUGGCAAAAAUGUUGGAACACGAAUCAGCAAAACCUUGUUCAACAAUUGCGGUUUCGUGAACGCGGUCCCCUAAAGUCGUGGCGCCCUGAGGCCAUGGCCGAAGCCAUAUUCAGCGUAUUGAAAGAGGGUCUUUCGCUAUCGCAAGCAGCACGCAAAUAUGAUAUACCCUACCCCACUUUCGUUUUAUAUGCAAAUCGCGUACAUAAUAUGUUGGGACCCUCACUGGAUGGCGGCACCGAUCCACGUCCGAAAGCACGCGGACGCCCACAACGCAUCUUGCUCGGCAUGUGGCCCGAGGAGCUCAUACGUUCGGUUAUAAAAGCGGUUGUAUUCAGAGAUUAUCGUGAAAUUAAAGAGGAUCUGGCACAUGUGUACGCCAAUGGACAAAUGCAAGCGGGCUCCCCUUUCGGCGCCGCUGGUAAUGCAGCAGUAGCAGCCGCUGCCGCCAAUGGUUAUCAUAACGCCGCCAAGUUGGCCGCACAGAAUGCCGCACUCGCGCCGCCCGACUCGCCAAGCCCACUUUCCACGAUGACCGAAACACUGCGCCGCCAAAUUAUGUCACAACAACAGCAAUCGCCCAUUUCCCAAACAAUGAACAUGUACAAAUCGCCAGCCUAUCUACAACGUUCGGAGAUCGAAGAUCAAGUAUCGGCGGCGAAUGGCAAACAACACGCCGACGCACGGCGCACCUCGGACAGCAUGGCCGAUCUGAGCGCGCUCGGUGGCCUAAUGGGUAUACCCGGUUUGAAUGUGAUGCCAGCGCAAGCGGCCACGCGCGCCAGUCAAAUGCAUCAGAGCGGCGCUGGCUAUGCCAGAGAGCGUGAGCGCGAGAGAGAACGCGAAAGGGAACGUGAACUAAAGGAGGCCAUGCAAGCGCGCCAAUAUGGCAAUCAAUCACGCGGCUCCAUUGGUGCGUCCAGCGGCAGUAGCCAAAAGAUGCCAGCCACAGCGACUGCGGCGGCUGAUUCGGCGGCAGCAGCUUACGCGCACUACAAGAACAAAGAGCACGCCACCAAUUACGCGUUCAAUAAACGUUUCGCCGAAACGCUACCGCCCGGCAUCGAUUUCGAAGCAAUCGCCAAUGGUUUGCUGCAGAAAUCGGUGAAUAAGAGUCCACGCUUCGAAGACUUCUUCCCUAGUGAAUUCUUUGGCAAUGCUGAAAGUGCUGCCGGUGCUGGCGCCGCCUAUCCGCCCACGCGCGAAUCGCCGCUCAUGAAGAUAAAGCUGGAGCAUCAAGCGAGCGCCGAAGUGCCGCAUGAGGAUUGAGCUCGCGGAUACGUUGAAGCGUCCGAGCAGUGAAAGCGUUAGUGUGCAGGUGUGUAGUAUCCCAGGGCAGGGUAAGGCAAUAAUAUUAUUUAGUAGUUGUAUGCCAUUUAGUAUACGCACAUACAUAUAUUAAAACACACACAUAUAUAUAGUAUAUUAUAUAAAUAUUUAUGGACAUUUGGAGGAAGUAGGAAUUCUUUAAGAAUACAAUUUUUUGACUGCUAUUUAACCCCAAAUUAUAUAGGUUAGUUCGUAGGUUUAAGGUAUUCUAAAUUACAAACACACGUAUACAUGUCUAUAUUAUAUGCAAAAAUUUGCUGAUAAGUCUAAUUAUAUAUCAUAGUUGCUGUAUGCGAAUAAGUAAGCCUUACUUUAAGUUCUCGCUUAGUCGUAGGCUAGUGCUAAAGCUAAAAGCGAGCGGGUUUGUGUGUAGGGCAACUAAGCACCUAAGUAUGCUAAGAAAAUAUGUGGGAUUUUUAGUUAAAAGGUUAUCCUUAAGUUUUAUGUUGACUACGGUUAGAGAGACAAACAGUUUCCAGUGACUUUGGAAAAAGUGAGCAAGUAAUAGAGAGUAGCAGCAGCUUAGCGACUAGCUAAUGCUAAUUUCUGAAUUUUUUUUUUGAUUUAUUUCCUUAAAUGCAUAGGAUCUCGUUGUAAUACACAUGUAUACAUACAUAUGUAAACUCGUUGUAAAUUUAUUUAAUCGUUUUUCAGCAUUUCUUCUUCAAA